CAUCUCAGCCCAUGUGAAGAUGCCGCCAAAGCCUCGCUGAAGUGCAUGGACAGAAACCAGUACGACAAGGGCAAAUGCGAGGAUUUUUUCCAGGCAUAUCGGGACUGCAAACGAGCAUGGGUGUGUCUCUCUCCCGCAUUGAUAAUACAUGGGCUCGACCGCCAUUCUCACAUUGUGAAUCAUAGCUCGACGAGAGGUGGAACGAUCGAAGGGAGGGACGUGCAACCCCUGUCUAGUUUGAGUGAAAACGCUGGAAGAUGGGUAAUACAGCUGCUCAUAUGUAGAUUGGCAUCCAGGCUCAGCUCGGAAAACUUCAGAAAUCAUGGGUAUCCUUCACCCGGCCCCAAGGUUGCCGGGUAUUGGCACAGAAAUCACAUUGCAAUGGUACAGUACGUGCAAUACAUAUUUGAAUGGUAUGCAAACGACGGCGUGGCUUGGACGAGGCAGUACUCGGUGGUCAGCAGUUGA